CUUCGACGGCAUCCGGAGAAGGUCGUAAGUAAUCUUCAAACAUCAGCUUCGUUUAUUUUCUAAAUCGAAAGAAAACUCAUUUGACAAUGGACGUAGUCCUCAAAGAAAGUGAGGUUCGAUCCGCGGAGGAUCCGGAGGCUGAGGUUGGUGAAGUUCCUCGGGAUGAGGUUCUUGAGGAGCCAUUGGCUGAACAGCCGAAUCCUCCUAGCGUGGCUGCUGCUCUAGAACUUGAGACUACCGAGCGCAUCGAGUCUUCCGAUGAGGAAAAGUUCACCAGUGACGAAGACACUACCGAGGCUAAGGAGACGGCCGAAUCAGAGAAAAAACCAGAAAAAGCCGUGGCUAAAGAUUCAGAUAAGAAAGACGAUGAGAGCCAAGAGCUGGAUGAUUCUAUCUUUCGUGGACACCUAAACGAUGCUGGUGGCAACACCGAUGAUGAGAUCGAAAAAGCAUUCGCAAAUAGCAAUUCGAACUCGGAUGAUGAGAUUGAUAAGGAAUUGGCUGCGGAGGAGCAUGAGUUGGACAAGCCUCUUUCUGACUAUAGCGACAUUGAGAAUGAAAUUGAAAAUGCUUUGAAGGAGAAACCAUCAUGCAGCAAGAAGGCCGAUGGCAAGGCCAAGAUCUCUUCGAAACCGAUGACUCGCAAGCAGGCACUGCGUUGCGCCACUCCGCUGUCGGAGUUGCUAUCGAAUGUUGAUACCGAAUCUGUUGGGGCUCCCAAGGAGAAUUCACGUGGCGGACCAGGCGGUAGACGUGCAUCAGUUACCGGCGAAUCGUGGACUGAGGAAAAUGCCCGAUCUUCGGACUCAAGCGCAGGCGCAUCGACCAGUGGUAAGAAAGCCACCAAACGUGCCGCUUCCGAGGGCAUGGACUCUCUAUUAGAACAUCUGGAACUCAAAAUUAAAAAGCCCAAAACAUCGGCUGACGACGAGAGCGAUGACAAGGAGGAGUAAUCACGUGGUGGACCGAGUGCUGCAGCCACAGAUCUUUUCGCAAAAACAACAACAAAUUGCUAUAAAUUUGACGCUGUAAACUUUGUGCCUUCGAUUUAUUCACUAAUCCAUAUAUUAUACACAACAUUUAAUAUUAACAUUUUAAAUACUCAAACUACCAUGUGCGCUACAAAAAAAUCCAACCAAAACCAAAAACUGUAAACCAAAAAUCACACACAAAAAUCACAUACACAAAUCAUAAUCACAAUCAUAUGCAUUCACAUACACACACACAAAAUUCGCAUAAGACACACACAUAAAAAUCACAAUCAUACACAUUCCCAUUCACACACACAAA